CUUUUAACUUAAAUGUCGUUCGACAACAAAGUUUACCUGUGUGAAUCGGCAGUUACUAUUAGAAUUCGGUGUAGCUGCAUAUUUUCUAAAGCCGGUAGAAAUCAUGGCUCAUAGCCGCAGCUGCCGAAAAAAUGUGUGCCGCCGCCAAAAUAUUGUACUCGGCUUGCUUCUCUGCUAAAACCAACAAAAGUUUUCUAAUACAUACAAUUGUUUGUUAACAGUUUCAAUAAAUUUAUUGAAUUUUACAUAUUAAAAUAUUUAACGUCAUCGUUUGUAGACUUUUGUCUAUAUUUAUUACAGGAUUAUUCAUUUGAUUUUAUAUAAUGUUGAAAAUUUAGUAACACAAUAGUAAAAACAUGGCCGGAUUAGAGCGGACGAAAUUUUAAUUGGCAGCCAACGCCGUUGUAAACGUUUGUCCGCGCUGUUCUUUGAACCACAGCUAAUUUUUGUUCAAUAAACACAAGUUUGUGAGGAGAAUUAUUAAUAUGAAACAGAAAAUUCAAAAAAUAAUUUACGCUAUAAGCAAAUAAACAAAAAAAGCAAAUAAAAAACAAAAGUAAAAAAGAAAACAAGUUGAAAUACUUCAAGAAAUAAGUCACAGUGAAAAAAGAAAACAUACAAUUUCAAAUAAAUAAUAAAAAAGAAAACUGUGUUAAUGUGAGAAAAAAAAAAAUAAUUUAACAUUGUAUUGUUGGUGUUUUAUUUUUUGUUUCAAUAGAAGUUGUGCGGUGAUAUAGAAACUAAAAUAGCCUCAACCUGGGAAUUUCAUACUGGCUUGUAUUUGGUUUUGCAACAAAACUAACGCAAAUAUUUUCACAAAUUGAUGCAAUAAACAACUAGAUUAGAAAUCGAACCUCCGAUAAAGAAAAUGCCUUAUUACGGUCUCUAUAUACCCGUUAAGGGUGGUGCAACAGCAGCAUCAUCAUCUUCGUCGACCAACGGAGCCAACUCAACAAAUUCCACAGCGUCUUUGGCCGUUGACUGUGGCAAUGACGUAAAUAAAGACAAUAAUGAGACCGAUGUUUCUGCUUUCGUCUUCCAAAAUAAAAAGGAAGCUUUGCAAGUUUUAAAACAACACAAAGAUGCUCGUUUCAAGGAAUUUCUUAAUGAAGAUGAUGCCAUUAAAUAUGCCCAAACUGGUUAUGAAUUUGUGCAAAAUAAAUACAACGAUGUUAAAACUUCAACAGAAUCCUUGGAAAAGGCUGCAUUUAGAGCACCAACAAAACAACAACUUAUAAAAUUUCGUCAAAUCAUUGAAGUCGAUGACUGGGAACUUGUCAAAAAAAUGAUAUGGGAUAAUCCACGCUAUCUAGUUAGUUCGGGUGAUACACCCACAAUUCUCAAAGAGAGUUUUCGUUAUAAUGCCAUGCACGUUUGUGCAAUAUCUAAAUGUCCCAAUGUAGCAAAGCUAAUACUCGAUACAGUAUCAGAUCCAAAAUUUGCCGAUCUUUUAAUGGGCAAGAAAAAUGAUGAGAAAGCCUGCAAAGAAUUGUGUGCUAAUCUCUUAGAUUAUUAUCUAAAUAUACCAGAAAAAGGUAGAAGUGAGACACCGUUGCAUUUAGCCUCUAAAUUUGGUUGUCCCGAAAUGGUGGAAGUGUUAACAUCAUAUCCAGAAUGUAAAAAUUUACCCAAUGAUCAGGGAUUAAUGCCGAAAAAUAUAAUUUGUGAUCGUGGCAAUGAAAAUUUUCGUGGAAAAAUUGAAAAACUUUUUGAGGAACGUUAUUAUGUGCCGGUAUUACGUUGUAAUGAUAGUGCUAUACCGGCACAAAUUGGUGAACCCUUUGCGGCUAACAACCCACCAAAUCUUAACUGUGAUAACUUAACACCAGAGGUGGAAAUUAAAGCUUUAGCAGGACCAAUGAGUAAGGAACAAGCUAAGCAAUUUUUCCGUCGUUGGAAGACACCACCUAGACUGGGUAGCAACAUGUCCUCACCCAUAGCUAACAAUCCCUAUAUAUCACCCAUGAAACCACGCAACAGCACUCCCAUUAAAACACCAAGAGGUGGAAAUACCAGUUUCAAUUCACCCACUGCCAAUUUACAAAGACGUUCUUUAUUCAAUUCCACGCCACAGCGUAAAGAAUAUAAUGGUGUCAUUGAAUCGAAUGGUUUUGAUAAAUCUUUACUAGACGAUUCAUACGAUGACAAUCAGAAUGGCAAUCAUGAAAAGGAAAACAAUGAAGUGGAUGCUUUAGAGAGGACAGAAGAAACUAAUAACAACAAUCAUUUAAGCAAAAUGCCAAAACCUCAAAUGAAUAUGUUGAAAUCGGCCUUAUGCCCCCGCACUCCUCUGUUCAAGCUUAAGAAUAAUGCAUUUUCGAAUUAUCGUGAACAGAAUAUGGGUUCUCCCUUAGUGCACACCAUUGAGUUUGUACAGGAAAUGAAUGAUUCCUUAUUAAAUGUAUCAGAUGUUUACGACAGUCCUGGUUUUAAGGAACGUCAUGUAAAGAAUAGCGAUCCUGAAAAGGGUAUUGAAUGUAUUGGUCGUGUUUUGGCCAAGGAACAGAAUAUAGAAUGGCGUGAAUAUUGGGAUUUUCUAGAAGAAUUCAUAGACAUAGCCUCCGAUAAGGGUGUACAGAAAUUGGAAAACUAUUUGGCCCAACGACAAAGGGAACAGGAUCAACGUAAUAAUCGUACACAAUCCACACAAAAGUCUGAUAUUCUCGAUGAUGUUCGCAAUGCCUUAGAGAAUUGUUUCAUAAGUAGCAACUCAACAGCAGCUAACAAUACAAACAAAACGAAUACAUCAACAACAACAACACAUCAAUCUACUACACCCUAUACUUAUGUAGAGAAAUCGUUGCAGGUGCAUGCUAGACGCAUGACUAAAACCAUUAUACAUAACAUCAAUAAUGAGGUGUCUAUUAUUGAUGCUUUACUUUUGGAAUUGAGAAGAGUUAAAUCGUUAAUUUAUUCCUUUAAAGAGGAUGCCAGCUAUAUAAAUGUUAAUUUUGAAAAGGUACAUUCACGCAUAGGUAAUUUAGUGUCCAUGUUUUUGGAAAAUUCACAAGAAGUGACGCAGCAAAUGAAAGAGAAAAUCUUGAUUAUAUUACAAAAUCUAUCGACGGCUCAGGGGGAGCGGCGAGAGCAUAUGGAAUGUGUUUGUUCGCGUAUUUUUUAUAUGCUCCAACAUCCAACCGAACAAGUAUUACCGGAAAAUGUUAAAACCGAAGAUAUGUGCUCGAAAAUUUGGUCUCAAGAAAAAGACUGUGAUUGCCAGUGGGAGAGCAAUUUAAGUCGAAAAACUAGCCGUCGUAAUCGCAUGGAGGCACGCUAUAAAAAUCAUCAACGCCUUAAGCAACAGGAAAAGGUACAAAAAGAUGCGGAUAAUCAAUUGAACGAUCUUAAAGGCGAUUGGCGUAAUACUACGGCAGUUUCAAAUGAUUCCUCGGAUGAGGAGGAAUUUUGGUCUGAUUUUGGUGGUUCCGAUACUGAAGAAGAUGAAGUAUAUGUAACGCCUUGUGAAAGUCCCUCACGUUUGAGUUUAUCCGAUGAUACAGAUGAUGAAUGUAAUAAAAUAUUUAUUUAUGGCAAUGAGCCUACAAAACGAGAUUUGGAUGUAUUAAAUGCUAUUUUCCAUAUAACUAUUGAUAAAACUAAAUUUCCUAAUAUUCAUUCCUGGAAAUCCACCAUUAUGCGUUAUCCCAAUGAAGAAAAGGAUUACUUCCCCUCACCAAGAAUUGUUAAGAAAUCUCAUUCAUUUGUGGCCACCAGUGCAAACAAAAAAGACUACUAUGUACAACCACAAACACCAACAUCAAUGCAAAGAUCCUAUUCCAUUGUACGUUCGAAUACAAGUUCUUUAAUACUACACUCACCCAGACAGCAGCAAUCGCCUUUGGCUACUUCAGCAGUUUCAUUAUCAACAUCAACUGGUGGUGGUGGAGGAAUACUUAAAGAACCUAUUUUACAACUGCCCACAGCAAAACGUUUAUUUAUGUCACCUGGGCGACCAAAAACCAUGACUGCCAUCUCAUUAGCUAAUAAUACAAAUACAAAUGUUACUACAGCUUCAGCUACAACAACAACAACAACAGCAACUACAACAGCUACUGCUAAAAAUCCUAUAAAUGUGGUUAGCAUGAAAUUACCCAUACAACAGCAUAUGCAAAAACCAGUUACGCCUCUCAAUAAGUUACGUGGCCUUUUUAGUGCCUACCGUGAAUGCCUAGAUAGCAGUCCGCUUUCAACUUCAUCGACAUCACCUUAAAAAUGUUUUGGAUUCUAUAUGUAACUCUACAAUCUCAGUCUCAGAAUGAAAUUCUCUUUAACUUAGCAAUUUUUCCGCUGAGAUUUUAAACACUUUUUAUGUUAAUUUAAAAAAAAAAAAACCCCAUUUUUAAUUAAGUUUUUUGUUUAAGUUUUUGUUUCAUUUUCUACAUUUUUAUAUUCAGUUUCCUUUUUUAUUGGCAUUUAUUUUUAAUUUUUUCUUUUCACUACUUUAAAAAACAAAACAAAAACAUCAUUUACUUUAAAUGAUUGUUUUUCAACUCCAUGUGCUUAAAUAAAAUGAAUUUAAUAAUUCUUCCCUUUUUACUACUUAUUUUUAAACUCAAAAAUUAAUUAAUACUUUAAGUAAAAACACAACAUUUUAAAUACUUACAUCUUAUACUCAUAAUAUUUUUCUCGGUAUUUCUUUUCUAACUUCUUAUACGUGUAACUUAUACAUACAUACAUACAUACAUACAUACAUACAUACAUACAUACAUAUAUCAAAAAUAUUUUAUACUGAUAUUUAAUUUUUUUUACAUUGUUGCAUAUAAAAAAACAAAAAAAUAUAUAUUACAUACAUACAUAGUAUUAUAUUUAAUGAUUUUGAAAGAAAAUUCAAUAUAAUCAAUACAAUUACACCAACACACAUUAA